AUGGCGGACCAGAGGGCAGCAAACGUCCCCCUCUCCACAGCCAAACCGAAGAGGAGAAGCCGAGAGCGUACCUCGUUCACCUCUCAUCAGAAGGCGGAACUGGAGGCUCUGUUUAGCCUCACUCAGUUCCCAGAUUAUGUCACCCAGGAGUUGCUGGCCUCAAAGAUUCACUUACAAUACACCGUGGUGCAGGGAGCAAGUGUUAAUAACCUGACUCCCGUGCUAGACACGUUCUGUGUUUUCACCCUCAGAAACAGACCCAUUGACACAGGAGAUAAACGGAGGCUCAGAAUGGCAAGGAUCAAUUUCCGGAAUCUGUGUCCUCUGUCUUCUCCACAGGUUUGGUUUAAGAACCGCCGGGUUAAAUGGAGGAAGAGCAUCCAGAAAGAGCAAGAAGCCGGGAUCCCAGCCCCCACCCCUGCAGCCCAGAGGAACAGACCCAGGGCACCCAGACGCCUUUCCCACAGGCGGCCUGUUCUCCCCAGAGUUUCUGAUGGCUCCGGGCCAGGCACUGGGAACCCAGAUGGGGCUUCUCCACAGGGUGAUCCUGAGCUGGACAGGCUGGUGGCUACAGUCCCCGCCUUGUACUCUGCCCCUUAUGACAUAAGCCAGGUCAUGGAAGCCUAUGGGUGUCUGGAGGAGAGUUCCAACACGUUCAGUUGCCUUUAUCAGUAUCUCUCCCUGUCUGAUGGCUAGCCGAAGCCCCCUGCUAGCUGGUCCU